CACACACAGAGAGAGAGAGAGAGACGCGCGCGCGCAGCUUCCCCAAAACGCUCUAUCUGCGCGUUUUGUUCUACUUUGGGGUCGGAAAGUUUUUUAAGCAGCAUUGCCUCAACAACAAAACAUACAGCAGCCUCCAUUUUGAGUAUGAAGGUUAUGAUUUUCGAGGUUGAAUGAAAGCAUGGCUGAUGUGUGGAGGUCUCAGCUGGGUUCCAGAUGUGCAGACUGGAUGUCUCGGCUUCCUGCUCAGCUCCUUGAUGUUCCUCUGUGGGAUCUCGCGAUACCUGGUAGUCAUGAUACCAUGACAUACUGUCUGGACCAGUCCAGUCCAGUCCUGCAUUCAGAGCCCAGGAUACUGACCGCGCUGGACCACAUCGUACCCUGUGUCAUCCGGCCGUGCAUAAAGAGGUGGGCCACCACUCAGGAGCUGUCGAUUUCCAGUCAGCUGGACUCAGGAAUUCGAUUUCUCGACCUAAGGAUCGCCACCAAGAAGAAAGAUUCAAGCUGGAUGUUGUACUUUGCACAUGGAAUAUACACUCUACUUACUGUGAAGGAGGCACUCAGUGAUGUUGCGCACUGGUUAGACAAUCACGCUAAAGAAGUCGUGAUCAUUGCUCUGUCUGCUUUUGAUGAUAUGAGCCCUGCGCAGCACAACAACCUCAUUGACUUUCUGAUGCAACUCUUUGGCAAGAAACUCUGCCCCAGAUCAGAAUCUCCUUCUCUGAGCACAUGUUGGAAUCGCGGUUAUCGGGUAAUUCUCUCCUACGCUGAUCCGGCUGGGUCUGAGCACGAGGAACUUUGGCCAGCGUGGGAUUACUGGUGGGCCAAUGAGUCAGACCCAAACCUGGUCAUUUCAUAUCUGGAGCAUAAGAAGGAGACAGGAAGACCAGAUGGUUUCUUUAUGGCUGGUCUAAACCUCACUGAAGACACCAGGUACGUCCUCUGCCAUCUCACACAGUCCAUGAAGAGCAUGACGCUCGGGGCCUACACUGUGCUGAUGGACUGGGUCACAAAGCAGCGUCCCGGCCUCCAGAAAACAUCCGUCAAUAUCAUCUGUGCAGACUUUGUUGGGAUUCACACAAACGAAUUCUGUGAGGCUGUUAUUGGACUUAAUGCCAAACUCUGAAAAGAUGACCAAGGAGAGAAAAUGUCGCACUUUCGCAUAAAGACUUGGAUUCAGUCCUUUAGUCCUUUAGUGCUUCCUCUUUCUGAAAAUGUCAUGCCCAGUUGUACAGCAUAUCUCUAAUAGAAGUUUGUACAGUUGAUGAUUCACAAAAUAAAUGAUUUUAUAUGUCUAUAGAUUUAUAUUUUCAUAUAUCUGUUAUAACACUGCCUGAAUCAUUCAGUACAAUGCAGUGAAGUUAAAUGGUGCCACCUUGAGGUGAAGUGUAAAGCACUUUUCCAUCUCAGUACAUUUUAAAGAUGUGGAUGUUUUUAUGCUAUUAUUAAAUCAGACAAAGUUUCGGUUUAACCCAACAAAACUAUGUUUCAUAGAAAUGCAUCAAAUCUCCCUGUUGUUCCUGUUCGAAAAUCAUAAUAGAUGAUUGUUAGUUAUAGUUUGGCACUUAUUAAACCUUUAUUACUGA